CAUCGACAAAUGAUUAUCGUAAAAAGAUGAAAAUUUUCAGAAAAAAUUUCAUUCAAAUAACAGCAACAUUGCUGUUGUUGUUGUUGGUUUGUUGUCAACCUGGUUGGUCCAAUGAUGACCACAAUAAUAAAGAAAACGGUGGGGCUGGUGGUGCGGUAUUUGUUGAUCUAAAACAACAACAACAAUCAUUGAAUAAAACUGAUAAUGAAAAAUUAAUAGUGCCAAAAAAUACAACAACAACAACAAAUAUCAUUAGUCAAUUAAUAAAAUCAACUGCAUCUGCAUCAAGUGCAUCAACAAAUGCUCAAAGAAGAUCAUAUGAAGAUGAUGAUUAUGAAACACAAUCAUUAUUUAAAUCAUUAAUACCAAAAUCAUCAACAUUUAAAAAACCAAUUAAAAAAAUAUUUCGAUCAUGGUUUGAACCGGAUCCAGAAGCAUUGGAUGAUGAAUCGAAAAAAAGUUCAUAUUAUUUUGCUAGGCCAAAAUCAAAUCCAUUACAUUCGUUACCACAACGUAAUAAUCGAAAUAAUCCAAUUCAACAGGAUUCCUCAUCAUCAUCCAUAAAUCGACAGCCAAUAGCACAUCAUCCAAUUGGUUCAAAUUAUGGAAAUCGAUUAACUAAAUAUUCAAAUCACGAUCAACAACAACAACAACAACAACAAUAUAGUAAUAUAGCAUCAUCACCAUAUACAAAUAAAGCAUCAAGUAGACAAUUUUCAAUUGGUGAUCCAGUUAAUGGACGUGGUUUAACAUUAUCAUUUGGUGAUCAAUCAAAUGAACCAUCAUCUGCAUCAAGUUAUUCACAAACGGUGGAACAAAAACCACAAUAUGGUUAUAAUUCUGGAAAUGCGGGUAAUCCAAGUCCAGGUUUAAGUCUAUCAUUUGGUGGUAAUGGAGGUGGUGAUAGUGGUGGUGGUGGUGGUGGUUCAGGAAUGUCAUUUAAUAUUGGACGAGGUAAUGGUGGUGAUGGUCGUGGAAUGUCAUUAUCAUUAGGUCGUGGAAAUUCCGGUGGUUCUGGUUUAAGUUUUUCAUUUGGUGGUGGUGGCGGCGGUGGAGGAGGAGGUGGUGGUGGAAGUGGAAAUGGAUAUGCUCAAAGUGGUUCAGCAAGUUAUCCAUCAUAUUCAUCAUCAUAUGGUGGUGGCAGUGGUUAUAAUAAUUAUGGUGUUAGUUAUGGAAAUAAUUAUAAUAAUUAUGAUUAUAAUCAACCUGUAUUCAGUAUGGUAAUGCCAUCAUCAGGAAAACAAGUUAUUGAAUAUAAUCAACAUCCAUCAAAAAUGAAAAUGAAAAUCAAUUCCAGUCCACGAGUGAAAAUAACUACGAAUACAAAAGAUCCAUUAGAUAAACCGGGUUUAGAAGAUGAAGUGAUACAGGAAGAUAUAUUUGGACCACCUGAACCAUUUGAUAAACCAAAUCGUACAUCAACAUCAUCAAUGAAUGAAACUAUGCAGAAUGGUAUACAUAAUAUGACAAUGAUGAUGGGACAUUUCAAUCAAUCAAUGUAUCCAUAUUCACCAUAUUCACCAUAUCCACAUUAUUAUCAAUAUCCAUAUAAUUAUUAUUAUCAUAAUUAUUAUCAACAACAUUAUCCAUCACAAUAUUAUCAAUAUAUGAUGAAUGUAUCAUCGAUGUAUCCGAAUAUGAUGAUGAUGCCACCGAUGGCCGCUCCACCGAUGUCACCGAUGCCGCAACAGCAGCAACCACCGCAAAUGAAACCACCACCAAUGCAACAACAGCAACAACAACAACAAUAUCGUCCAAAUUAUUCACAAUAUGCCGCAAGUACAAUGAAUAUGCCAACAAAAACUAAUACAAUACAGCCAUCAUUAAUGCCAAUGACAUAUAAUAUGCCUGUAUCGACAUCAUAUUCAAUGUUACCCACCGCAAAUACAAUGCAAUCACAAUCACAAUUAUCAUCUAUUUAUGGUUUGAAUACUGGUCAAAUAAAAACUACAUAUCCUCCAACAUCGUCGAUGGGACAACAACCUUCAUUAUCUGGAUCUGGAUUGUAUACACAAACAUCAUGGCAACCUUAUGGUCAACAGCAACAAAUGAUCAACAGCUAUCAACAACAACAACCAAAAUCAUUAAUGAUCGAUAAUAAUAAUAACCAUGGUUAUAAACGAUCAUCAGCAUCAAGAAAUUAUCAAAAAGAUAUGUUAACAUUAAAUUCAUUACAAGGAACAAUGCGAAAAUCAUCAUAUAACCAACGAAAAUCAUUACAACAACCAUUACAUAGUAUGAAAAGAAAUUCAAAUAAAUAUUAUACAUAUGAUUUAAUGCAAACAUCUGAAAGUCAAUUGAAUCCACAACAACAACAACAACAAUAUCCAGGUUAUAAUCUGACUACCUUGGCAUUAAUGAAUGAUGCAACAAGAAAUUAUUAUUAUCAACCAAUGGCAAGUAGUCAACAGGCAAUGCCAGGUAGUCAACAACCAAUGCCAGGUACUGGUGCUGGUUAUUCAUUUUUUAAUAAUACAAUGAUGGGUCAACAUUAUAACGGUAGUAGCAGUAGUUAUUGGAAUCCAUAUAAUUAUUAUUAUAGUCCAUAUUAUUAUAAUUAUUAUAAUAAUUAUUAUAAUUAUGCAAAAAAAUAUUAUGAAACAUAUUAUGCAAAUCAAUUACAACAACAGAAUAAUAAAACAUCUUCAUCAACAACAAGUAAAUAUUAUCCACGUAAAAAUAUAACAUCAAUAACUGGUUUCAGUCAGAAUAGUUUUGAUUAUGAACAAAGUAAACGUUUUGGUCAUCGUGCCAUCAAAUAUCAAGGUGGUAGUACGAAAGAGGAAAAAGCACGUGUAAUAUUAGAUAUACGACCACGAGUGACGAUAAAAAUGUUGAAUAAAACCGAACAAGCAAUGCAAGAUGAAGAAUUAAAAAAGAAAAAGAAAGAUCAUAUAUUUAAAACACAUAUGGAAAUUAUUAUGGAAACAACAACAACACCGAAACCAUAUUAUUAUAAUAAUUAUGAUAGUUAUUAUGGUUAUAAUUAUGGACCAGAAGUUGAUGAUUUUGGUUGGACACAUGAACCACCAUAUGGUUCAACAGAAACAACAACCCUUAAGCCACGAACAACAACAACAACCAGGCGACGAACAACAACAACAGAAUCAUCAAGUAGUUCAGAAGUUAGUGAAGAAGAAAAUGGUACAAGUGAAUCGACAAGUGGUGAAUCAAGUACUGAAGAAGAUGAUCAAUCAUCAUCAUCAACGACUACAGAAGCCAGCGAUACAGAAUCGGUUAGUGAAGAAGUGGAAGAAGAAUCAGAUAGUGCCGAACAACAAUCAUCAAGUUCAUCAUCAACCACAACAACAACUGAAUCUAGUGUAUCAGAAGAAGGUGAUGGUGGUGGUGGUGAUGAAGAAGUUAUCGAUGCCAAUGAAGAUGAUGAUGAUAAUAAUAAAUCAUCGGAUAAUAAUGAUGAAGAUCAAGAUGAAGAUAAUCGAAAAUCGGAUGAUCAAGAUGAAACGGCUGAAGGUGGUGGUGAAGAAGAAAAUGGUGGUGAAGAAGAAGAAGAAGGAGAAGAGGAACAGAAAAUCAUUGAUAGUAAUCAAUUAGUUGGUAAUAAUAAUGUUACCGUAUCACCUGAAUUGGUACAAGCAAUGAUAAAAGCAUUACAAGAAGCACUUGGUGUUACAACAACAACAACAAUGACACCAAUCGAAGAUUUAGAUGGAUUUAAUGAAGAAACGACAGGUAACAAUGAAGAUGAUAAUAAUCAAAUUGAUGAACAAUCUGAACAUGAAGAAAAUGAUAUGAUAACCACGACUACAAUGAAACCAUCAAUAUUAAAACCGAAAAACGGUAUUAAAGGUAUAAUUGAAACCGGUAGACGGCGAUUACCAACAAAUGUUAUAACAACAACCGUACGAAAUGUAACACAAGUUCGUUUGAAAACACCUGUAUUAAGUAUGCGUUCUGGGAAAACAACAACAACACCAUCACAACGACGUUUUUUUACAACACCCAGACCAAUAUUUGGCAGCAAUUCAAAUGAUAAUGAUAACGAUGAUGAUGGUAAUAUUGAAACCGGAAUAAAAAAUAUUAAAAACCUAAUCGAUUUAACAACAACAUCACCAUUAUUGAUUGUAAAUAAAUUACAACCAACACAAUUAAAUACACCGAAAAUUAUUGAUGGUGAUGCAUUACUCAAUAAUUUUGAUAUUAAUAAUCUAACCGAUGAUGAAAGACGACAAAUGUUAACAAAUAUAUUGGGUGUUAUACAGAAUCGAGCACCAGCAACAACGAUACCAACGACAGCGACAAAUAAUAUUUUCGAUACAAGAAUAAUUCGUUCAUCGACAACAAAAUCCAAGCAAACAAAAACAUCAACAAAACGAUCAUCAUCAAAACAAAAAUCAACAUCGACAACAACAAAAACACCGAAAUCAACAAGAUUAUUGCCAGUAACAAAAGCAAAUAAUGUACGAAUCAUAUCAUCAUUAGAUGAAUUGAAUAAAGAAACUAUUGGCGGUGUUGGUGUUAAUGGUUCAGGGGAUAAAUCAAAUCAACAACAACCUAUUUAUGUUGUUUUAUUACCACAGAAUAAGAAAAAGAAAUAGAAGAAACAAACAAAACAAACCAGAACAAAAUUCGCACAUCCAAGUAUACAUUAGGAUCAUCAUUAUCAUUAUCAUCAAUUUUUUCAACCCUUUAAACUCU